GCCGCGGGCAACAGCCAGGCGCUUCAGCAGUCCUGUGCUGGUCGAUGUAUAGGUUUGUUGUUCAUGCCGGUGAUAGUACCUGGGAUGAUGGAAACUGCAAAGCAGAUCACAGCAACGACAGCAGCGUGGGCUCUGAGGUUGUUGACAGCGCUUUUUCUAACUAUGGUAGGAACCGGGGAAGGCAAGGUUUACUACUCCUGUGGGGCCAUUGUUGAUUCGGCAGAGAGGGGACUGAUUCUGUCACCUGGAUUUCCAAAUAACUACUAUCCAAACAUGCACUGUGUGUGGCAAUUCUUUGUGCCCACUGGAAGUCGGUUGCUGAUAGAGAUUUUUGACUUUGAUGUGUUUCAAAAGCCAGGGGAUGGUGGCACAUUGUCAGACAGAAAUUCAUUCCGUUUAAAAUUGAUAAAAAAUUACCCUUCCUAUAAGGAAACCUCAGAGGUCUCUUACAGCAGUACAACCAGAGAGCCUCACAAGGAGGGCUCAUUAACAAGAUUAUCCAGUGACCUCUUCAUAGACUGGUACUCCAAGAAUUUCAGUGGAUAUUUCACUGAUGCCCCAUUGACCGACUCUCAGAAGAAUGGAGAUGAAAAAGACACCAUACAAGAGCAAUUUGCACCCCCUCAAGAAGUUCCACUAAAACUGUCCACAGAUGAAGAGUCUGUGGCAAGAGCAGACCCUGUACACAACUAUCCUACAGUGACGCAUACUGACAGUAGCAAUUAUCCAAAUGGGACCCUGGAUGUGAAUAAUUUACCGGCCUAUGUGCCUCCCUCAAGAAAAGUAGAUGAAAGUUAUGAGAAUUAUUUUAAUCACCAACCUCAAAUCAUGGAAAAUCCAACCCCAGCAGCUUCUGUUUUCCAAGUAGAAACAUCCCCAACCCAGCCACCAGCAGUAGAUGUUUGCCCCAAUGAUGUUCUGUACAUAUCUGAUCUCAUAACAUUUUCUUCCCGCUUUUGUGGGACAAACUCACCACUGAACAAGACCAUGAUCUUUGGAUCAUCCGUGAAAAUGGUUGAGGUGAUCAUGGAGCUCAUCACCACUACAGGUCGAGGUCGAGGAUUUGUCCUGCUCUUUGAGUACAGAAAUGAGACUCAUGUAAACAUUGAGAGUCUUGUGAAACCUGGAGAUGGUGAAAGUAUGGUGCUUCUUGCUGUAGUUGGUGCUGCCAUGUUCUUUACAGCAGUGAUAUUGGUUGCUCUCUGCAUGACAGUCAGACAGAAGAUGUGUCCCAAAAGGAGUACUCCGUGCCCUCCAUGUGAUAUUGAGAAUGGGAUUCAAAACUCUGGAGUUGAGAUCAAUGAAUUGCAGCUCGUCAUGGUUCCACCAAGUCAAGCUUCCGCUGAGAAUGAAAACAACAAUCAUGUGAUGGGACUGGACCAGGCUGGUAUUGAGUCUUCCCAUCCUACUGAACUAGAAGACCCUUCUUUGACAUCUGCUACAAAUGAAUCUGGAAGUGAUGAAGUGUUUGUCAUCUCAACCGGACCAGGCCCAAGUGGGCUAAGCUUCUCUAGUUUCAGAAUAAAGGACAGAAACCUGAAGAGGUGUAUGACAAGUCCUAGUUCGUUAUCCAACUGGCUGCAAGCUGAGCACCAUCUUCCCGAGAUAAGAAGCCCUGUGCCAAUUAUUAAGCAUCCGUCGGAUGUGGAAAGCAGCCCCCCCAGACCCAGAGCAUGGAGUGUACGCACCUUCUGCAGUUUGUUGCCUCCUCUACCCCAACUACAGAGGAAGUGGUGCAGCUGGACUACAAACAGCCCCUUCACAAAACUGGUUGAUAGCGGCUCGACUGCAUUGAUAGACCAGUGUGGAGAAAAGAGAAAUGUCCUUUCUGCUACCCAUUUAGGAGGACAGCUAGAUCCUAAACAUUCUGAAUCCUUGGUCAGCAAUGCAUCAUAUCCAUUAACCCAGUCAGCACAACAGCAUCGGAAACUGAAUACAAGUAACAUAAAAAAGUCCAGAUUUGCUAGUCCUUGCUUUGGAUUUCUUAGUAGUACACCUAACGGCAAUCCAGUAAAACUAGUGAAUCAGCAACGUGCAGGAGACACUUCGCCGGAUGAUACCCAAGACUUCUGGCAUCAGAAUACUUUGGAAGCCUCAAUUUCUACUAAAAGCAGUGGUACUAAUGGCUUCAAAAUCAAAGAAAUUCCAGAUAAAUCCAGAUCUGGUUUUACCACUUCAGAGAACUUGGAGGAUCGACAGCCUUUAGUUUCUGCUGAACACCUUGAGCAAUGUGGAGACACUUUGUUCAUGUAUAACAAUGACAUUAAUGAUUCUACACAAGUUGGAGCAUUUGACGGCUUGCACAUGAAAAGUUAUCCAGCUAGCAGACCAGAAGUUGCAUCAAGUGGCACUUCUGAUUUUAGCUUAUGGGUGAAAUCUCCCUCUGUCAACUACAGCGAUGUAUACAGACUGCCUGAUGCCAAUAGUUCUUCAGGACAGCAGGACAGCCUGUCUCUUAUGGACACCAGUCAUGUGAACUCAGCAUGCAGCCUGAAGUCUCCAGGUUGGAAUGCAUGUCAUUCACCACAGCAGGUUCUGUCCGAAGUGCUGCACAUCUCGAAUGUAGAACAUAUGUAGCGAGUUAAAAAAAAAACCAUAUGGAUAGUGUGCCUGAGACUACUAUGAAAAUAAGGUUCUGCCACUAAAAACUCCAAAGCAUUCGUUGAUGCCACCUUUGCUGCUGUUGGAAGCCCUGUCAUUGCACGCUUUUCUUGGGUAAUAAUUUGUACUGAGCUUCCAGACUAAGCAGCUUUCUUAGGGAAGACAGAACCUGAGAAAACAUCUGCUGUUUAGUGAUUAUGAACUUUCAGUGCAGACCUUUACUUGGAACGUGGGUGAUGUGGUACUUUAAAGCCAAGGUGGAUGAGAAACCUUAAUGUUUUGUAUUUCUUAUGUUCUUUAUAGCAGGAAUAAAACUAAGUGUUUCAUGGUUAUUCUGUUAAUUCAUCUUAGCUGUGGCUAAUAUCUGAAAACUAAAUUCCCUUAUGCUACUGUUUUAUCAAGUGGAGAAAUAUGGGACUUAUUACAGCUCACUAAAAAUUAAAUGGGUCACGAAUGAUAAAUAUUGGAUUUAGGAAAGCAGGUGUGUGCCACUAUAAUAGUAUUUUUCCAAUCUGAAGUACCAAAAGGAAAAGAAAUGCAUUUUAUGCCUUAAAUCCAGUGUCAUUCCUGUAGCCAUUUAAACUUUCCAUUAUAAGGAACAAAGACAAAUGGAAAUAAAGCACUUCAAGGCAGUGUUAUUGUUCCAGCCUGUCUGUUAUGCCAGCCAUUACCCAGUUUUAUCAUCAUCUCACCCUUUUCACCACAAUUUUUGUGUUACCCAGUAUAAUAUAUAUAAGCAGAAACCUACAACCGUAUGUGGGUAAUGGUGGAUUUACCCAUGGUUGGUGUAGUUUGAUUAUGAGGGCAAAAGAUAUUUUACAAUGACAUUUUUAAGUAAGAAAUUGCUUAUGGCACUGCAGUGUUCCUCUGCAUUGUUCCGCAUUUCCUGAUGUACAGUGCGUGCGUAUGGGAUUUGCAUUCCUAUGCUUGCACAGUACAUUGUUACAGUUCAAGAGAAGCACAGACAAAAUACAAUCUCCGUUGCUAUUUUUUUUUCUUCGAAGUUUUAGUGCAGGAAACCUGGACAAAGCUCAGCAUAACGGGGGAACAGCGGUCCAAAACAGUGACAUUUUAUUGUGUGUAUAAAUUCAGAAAUCUGCUUGAAGGAGAGGUUUUCUGUUAGCUUGCAUUUUCUGAAGGAUAUGAAGUGUUAACCUCAAAUAUCUUGUCAUUAUUUAAUAACUUCAAUCCAUAGUGGCUUGCCAGAGAAGUACAUUUUUUAUGAAGAAAAGAUCAAAAAUGUGAGGCAAAAAUCUGGAUAUUCUGUGAAGAUCAGGACAGUUCAGAGGUUCUCUGUGGAGAUUUUUUGAGGGACAAUGCAGAAAUACAAGGAAAAUCGGGUAUGUUUCUGUUAAUUUAAUUUUGUAAAAUGUACCUGAUUUUUCUUGUAUUUUGCUCUGUCCUCCAUAACACAUGCCAGUCGAAAAGUCUGGCCGAUCCAUGGUACUUCAGCAGAGUUUUUUUUUCUACUGGUAUAUGCCCGAUUUUCAAUGGGCACACUGGUUGGGCUAUCCAAUCAGCAUGCACAUUUUUGAAUACUGAUGAGAAGUCAUUGUAUAAUUUUGAAUAUUAAACAUAAUCAGUUUGAAGGAUAGCUGUCUUUCCUGAGAAGAAGGGGAUGUGAUAUUAUCCCUUCGUGAUAGAAGACCGCGAGAUUCAGAGAUCUGCUGCUUUCAGUUUAGAAAUUUAACAAACAUCCAACAAACAAAAAAAGAAGCUGAUCUCCAUGCAGUUCUACACCCCAUCAGCCUCCCAGAGAUCAUCAAAUCUCAUUCCAUUUAUGGCAUAUUGACACCUGCCUCAAAUCCUGUGACUGACAGAAAAUGUGCCGGUUUGUUUAAAGUGAAACAUUCUUAGAUUUCUGCUGCUGAGCUGGUUGGGUUGGUAGGUUGGCAUAAUGGUUAAGGUUUUUACCUUACAGACACAAGGUGCAGGGUUUGAUUCCCUCAUGGGGUAAUUGGCUAGGCUUGAAAUGGCCCACAAAGGCAGGUAGCCUAGUACUAAUCUAUGAACCUAUGUAGCAUGCUAAAACACUGUGUGGCUUUUUAUACUGUAGCUUUUUUCCAAUCAAGGAAACUACUCAAGAUGACCAGACUAUUUCACUGUAUUUGGCUUCUUCCAAUGUUAAUUGUACAGAAACAUGAACUAGCUUCCCAGGAACUGUCCAGCUUCACUCGCUCAUCACAUGCUGACAUCUGUCAUAUGCUUCAAGCACAGUAAUCCUCUAUCAGUACAAGACAAAAAUGUGUUUGUUUUUUUUUAACUUCUCGUCACAAGCAACCAUGUAGUUAUGCCAGCAGUAGUAAUGGACUUGAGGAAUAAUUCCUGGUGUGGACAUAACCAUCUGUGCACUUUUAGAAAAAAAUCUGCCAUCCAGUAGGAGGUAUAAUGACAUGGCUGUGAUACUACUACAGACUUUUUUUUACAAAAUGUAGCAGUGCAUGAAGCACAAGGCUUUACACGUAUGACAAACAGUAAGUACUCAAGGAUGAAACAUAGCAAGAAGCCAAUCUUCACUACUAUUGAAGAUACCAGUUCCAGUCUAAAUGACUCCUGAUACUACAUCUUGGCCACAGCAUAUGCUUCUUAGACUUUCCCCAUCUCUCUGUCACACACAUAUGCACAUGCGCGCACACACACACACACACACACACACACACACACACACACACACACACGCGCACACACACACACAUGCACACACCUGAGAUGCCUGUUGCCUUGAUAACUGUCAGCUCCAGUAAUCAAUGAGGCCAGUGUUAAUUUCAAAGACUUUUCUAAUGACAGUCAUACUAUGAAGUUUAGUAUUUUUAAACUUUUUAGAGGGGAAAAAAUUACUUCAUUGUUUUUACUCUGUUUUAGGGAAACAAUGACAUCUGUUUUAGUGUUAUAUAUUUUCUUCUUUUUACUAAGACUAUUUGUUGUGAAUCCAGUGCCUGUUUUCCUUCUCCUGUUCCCACUGCAGGAAUGACUGGUUUGCCAUCUACAUUUACUUACUGAAAGCCUGGUCACUAGGUGACCCACUGACAGCCUCAUUUUUGGUUGGAGAACAUCAAACCCCAUUGAGAUAUCAUUUUGACAGUAUUUUCCUAUUCUGGCAAUGCAGACAGGUCAUCUAGUAAUGCACUGGGAAUCCACUUGCAUCUUAAAACAUUGGCUUUGAAACACUGAAGCAUUUAUCCCAUAUGUAUCACCAGAGAGAUGGCAGCCAACAUCGGAGGCUUGAUUUUUACCUUAUGUCAGAUGUCCUUCUAAUAGGCUUACUGUGGUUAAACAUGUGGUCUGCUUUAAUGUUGUAGAAUUAAAAUGGGUUUUACAGUUCUAAUGAAACAGAUCUGUAGUCAGUAUGGUGGUUUUAAGUGCAUCAGUAAACAAGUGUAACUGGAGGUAAUGCUGUUGUCUUUUCACCCCAUUAACUUAGAUUUAGACACAUCUCUUUAUGGUAACUGUAACCAGUGGCCCGUAUGACUGAUUUAAGGCUUAACAGAAGAGUAUUCUUUGAAGAAUCUGACUGUAAUAAUGAUGAUAAUGCUAAUAAUUUUUUAGCUUGAUUAGACAGCUGUCUUAAAAAAAGUGAGAUACAUGAAGCAUCCUUCUGGUACUGACUGCUCAAGCGGCCGACUUCCAGUGGUUGUCUGGCAUAAUGAAGGUGACAGUGCAACAUUACUUGGUUUCAUAGUUGCAGGAUACUGAAGUCCACUGAAGUAGCUUGUUAAACAGUGAAUGAAUGUAUUCAUUAUUUAUUUAUUUUUUUUUUUAAACCGGGUCAGUGCACAAAAAUAACAUAAUUUUGGAGAGUAAAGAUUUGAGUAUUUUCACAAUAAAAAAAUUAAAGGGAACAAAGAUGGUUACAUAAUAUGCUAAAAUUAUGUUUAGGUUUGUUGUUAUUUUUGAUCUGUAUGGAAAUAUGUACCGAAACACCAAUUAUAUGUUCAAACUGUCCUACAGCAUACCUUAACAAUGUGCUGUUUAAGUUGCAUAACAUUGAUGCUUACUGGGGAAAAUAAAAUGAAUACUUUUCUAA